UAUCCGGUCGUACCGGAAGUCCGGCUUGUCGGCGUGUAGGAGUAAUGGCUGCACUCUAUGCUACAUAUUAUUAGCAUCAUAAGUUGACGUACAUAAAGUAAUGUGUUUCAAAGGUGGAUUUGUUAUGUCGAGGCAAACCGCGGCACAGUUCUGUGCUCUAACAUAAAAUGUACUUAAAUUAUGUAUUUUGUUUAUCCUGGAACUUGUAUGAAGUCUUGAGUUUGGCUGUUAGCUACCUGAGCCGGUUAGCCUGCUAGCUUCAGAGCGGCUAACCUCCAGCAGCCAGCCUUCCCUGCUCUGACCGUCUGUGGAUAGUUAAGCGGAUUUAAAACAAGAGAAGAGUGACUAUUUAUUUCUAGACAAGUUUGUAAACCGGAAACCCCGCGUCUAAAUGCCCGAACAAGGUCCCAGGAUGAAUGGGUUUUCUUUCGGAGAGCUAUGCUGGCUGUUCUGUUGUCCACCUUGUCCGAGUCGUAUCGCGGCGAAGCUAGCUUUCCUCCCCCCAGAGCCCACAUACACGGUGCACACCGAUGCUAACGGUGUGAGUAGCCUGCAUUUAACGGAGCGCGCGGACUGGCAGUACUCCCAGAGAGAGCUUGAUGCGGUGGAGGUACUGAGCACCAGGAGUAGCCGGGGGAACCGGAUCGGAUGCAUGUUCGUACGCUGCGCCCCGAACAGCCGCUACACUCUGCUGUUCUCCCACGGGAACGCCGUGGACCUGGGUCAGAUGUGCAGCUUCUACAUCGGCCUCGGCUCCAGGAUAAACUGCAACGUGUUCUCCUACGAUUACUCAGGCUACGGGGUCAGCACCGGGAAACCGUCUGAGAAGAACCUGUAUGCGGACAUCGAGGCGGCCUGGCAGGUGCUCAAGAACAAGUACGGCGUUACACCUGAGAACAUCAUCCUGUAUGGUCAGAGCAUCGGCACCGUGCCCACCAUCGACCUGGCAGCUCGCUACGAAUGUGCCGCCGUCAUCCUGCACUCACCGCUGAUGUCGGGCCUCAGGGUGGCCUUCCCUGAUACACGCAAGACCUACUGCUUCGACGCCUUCCCCAGCAUCGACAAAGUGUCCAAGGUGGCGUCCCCGGUUCUGGUGAUCCACGGUACGGAGGACGAGGUGAUUGACUUCUCCCACGGCCUGGCCAUGUAUGAGCGCUGCCCACGUGCUGUUGAGCCUCUUUGGGUGGAGGGGGCCGGUCACAAUGACAUUGAACUGUACGCUCAGUACCUGGAGAGACUCAAGCAGUUCAUCUCCUUCGAGCUGCCCACCUCUUGAGCUCCGAGAUCCUCUCCAUCUCCUCAUGGUCUCCCUGAGCUGAGGAGGUCUGAAGCUCCUCUGACAGGAGGAGGAGGAGGAGCUUCAGAACGGUUGAGAUGCAGCUGAGGUGUCAGCUGGCCUCAUUUAAAACCUCCAUUUAAGAACGAGCCUCAAACUCCACUCCUCCUCCUCCUCCCUGUUUCUUCAUCAUCAUCCUGUUAAAAUGUUGAUUUUUAUAUUUUUUGCACUUGAUGAUAAAAUGUUGAAGUUUUAGUUUCAGGGAAUCGGCUGCAGCUACGUUCAGGUGUUUUCUUUCUUUGAUCACAUUCCUGUUUUACUGAUGAUGUGUUAAGCUGCUUUUGUUCAAUCCAACAUGAUGAGUUCACUGUCUGUGAUCAUUUCAGUAAAAUCAAGCCCUCAUACGGACCAGUUUUACCUCUGAACACUACCUGUCGCCCCUGACCCAGAUCAGAGUCUGGACCUCCUGGUCCAGCUGUGCUUUCAUUUGUCCUUCCUGACCAUGAGACCACCUCCGUCUCCUCCCUGACCUCACCGUGGAUUCAUGAAGCCUUAAUAGAGUUUCCUGAUCAUGAAAUAAAAACCCAACCAUGUUUCAUCUUGUUUUUAAAGGGAAAUGAAGAGCGUGCCGUUUUGAUACCGACGUUUUUAUCAGGUUUUCAUGUUGAUGGAUUUCCACUGUAACCCUUGAAGCAUCUGUGUGGUGGAUUUUUACAGUGGAUGUGCAGAUGUGAGGCAGAUGAAGGUCGAAGAGUCGUCACUGAUCGUAGUAAAAAAUGAACCCAUGAAAAAAAAGCCUUAAAUCCUGUGAAACUGUAUCAUACAUGAAGGUGUUGUUAAAAAGCAGAAUGAUGUUAAAGCUUUUACUGGAAUAAAGGAUGCAUGAAACCAUG